AUGGUAUCUGCCCACCAUAAAGAGCAUACUGAUGAGAAAGAUGCAAAUGUUACACCAAAAAUAUCGAGAAAAGCUGAACAAGGUAGCGACAAUUCGGUAAUGGAGAAGUCUACUUCUGCACUCUCUCCUAAAGGAAAGGGUGCUCGACGUAGCAAGUCCUCUUCUAAAAGGAAAGUCUGCAAUUAUGCUAAGGGGAGAUGGGUUGCAGACAAGGGCAGACCAUUGUAUUCGGGGUUUGGAUGCAAGCAGUGGUUGUCAGAGAUGUGGGCCUGUAGGCUGACGCAAAGAACUGAUUUUUCGUAGGGAUAUCGGUGGCAGCCGGAAAAUUGUGAAAUGCCUGAAUUUGAGAGAUCUUCAUUCUUGAGAAGAAUGCAGGACAAAACUAUUGCAUUUAUAGGAGAUUCACUUGGGAGGCAGCAGUUCCAAUCUUUAAUGUGUAUGGUGACUGGUGGAGAAGAGAGCCCUGAUGUUGAAGAUGUCGGAGUCAAUUAUGGGCUUGUUAUUCCUCCUGGAGCCAUUCGUCCUGAUGGUUGGGCGUUUCGGUUGCGAAGUACGAAUACGACUAUAUUAUACUACUGGUCUGCCAGCCUUUGCGAUCUCGAGCUCUUAAACAUCACUGAUCCAUCAGCGGGUGUUGCCAUGCAUUUGGACCGUCCUCCAGCGUUCAUGAGAAAAUUUCUGGAUACCUUUGAUGUUCUAGUUCUGAACACAGGACAUCAUUGGAACAGAGGCAAACUUAAUGCAAACAAGUGGGUCAUGUAUGUCAAUGGAAGGCCAAAUGAAGACCGAAAUCUGGCAGCAAUUGGAAAUGCCAAAAAUUUAACGGUCCAUAGUGUUGUGAGGUGGGUAGACUCGCAGCUUCCUUCGCAUCCACGUCUCAAAGCUUUCUUCAGAACCAUUUCACCUAGGCACUUCCUGAAUGGAGAGUGGAAUACUGGGGGUAGCUGCGAUAACAUGAGCCCCUUAUCUAAAGGAAGCGUAGUUUCGCAAGAUGAAUCAAAUGAUUUGGUAGUACAGAGUGCUGUCCGGGGUACAAAGGUGAAAAUUCUGGAUAUAACUGCUCUUUCUGAAUUGAGAGAUGAGGGACACAUAUCUCGCUUCAGUGCUAAAGCCAGUGAUGGUGUCAAGGAUUGCUUGCACUGGUGCCUACCCGGCAUACCAGACACAUGGAAUGAAAUUCUUUGUGCACAAGUAUAGGUCCAAAGGACGAAAGUGAGAGUGCAUAAAUAUUAGCUGUUAAAACAUCAGCAUUUUCUUAGGCACUAUGGCUGUGCAGAAUUUGACCUCCUGCAGAUGCUUGGUCUCCAAUAGUUAUUUGGGAAGCAGAAGCUUGUCACUAUUCAUUUCAUACAGGGUUUUGGACUAGGCCGAUGGGUCUGUGAAAGUUGACUUGCAGAUAGAAGAGUUUUAUUUUAACAGAUCUAGGGAAAUGGAUGUAUUAUGGAUACUGUAACAUAUCCUUUUCAUGGUAUAGUUAUUGAUAUUUCUUUUGUGCUGCAAAUGCGGAACUGCACAUCACAUCCUUACUAAAUUGACGUAUGUACUCCUCUUUUGCGGGGUUUGUUUACUGUGGUAUGUUAACAGAGGAGUAAUUGUUUAGAUGUGCAGCAGAACUCGGUGUCUGCAAUUCUGCUAAGUACCAACUACUGUCUUCAGUAGCAAAGGAGAGCAACUUAUCCAGCACAAGUUCCCUGGCCUGAUAAAACAACGAAAAGAAAGAAAAUCCAGCAGAGACCUUGUGGUGUUUGUGAGA